AUGUUUUAUGCACUUUUUCUUGUAUCAGGUCUUUUAGUUGAAGAGCACACCCAAGUUGAGCCUUUGACUCCUGGCGAAUAUACUCUCUACAGCCUAAUCUCCUUAGGUCUAGUUCUCUUUGCAGGGCUAAUGUCAGGUUUAACAGUUGGCUUAAUGGGCAUUGAUGAAAAUGAUCUCCAUUUGAAAUUGGCAUGUGGAUCUGAAGAAGAAAGAGAGCAAGCCAAAAGACUAUUGCCAGUGAUAACUCAGCAUCAUUGGCUGCUAGUCACCCUUCUCCUUGCAAAUGCUAUAGCUAUGGAAGCUUUACCUAUUUUCUUAGGCCAUAUGGUUGGAGGAAUUAUUGCUGUAAUUUUAAGCACCUUAUUGAUUUUUGUAUUUGGUGAAGUACUGCCUAUGUCAAUUUUGACAGGUCCAAAACAAUGAGAAUUGUCAAGCAAAGCAAUCCCUAUAGUAAAGUUUCUUAUGUAUAUUUUUUACCCUAUCAGCAAGCCUUCUGCUUGGCUAUUAGACAGGUGAUUAGGGCUGAGCCAUAGUAAAGGUUGGGAUAAUGAUCAUUUAAAAACCAUUAUAAGCUUACACGCAAGCAAUGGGACGCCUGAUAAAGAUGCUUUUAUCCCUGGCCAAAUCAAAUUAAUCCACGGUGCUAUUGAUAUGAAGCAAAAAAUAGUAAAAUCCCAUAUGAUUGAUAUCAGCAAAGUUUAUUGUUUAUCAUCAGAUUUAAUUUUAACAAAAAGCAUGCUAAAGUCAAUUACACAAAAAGGACAUUCAAGGGUGCCUAUUUAUUAUAAAAAUAACCCACAAGAGAUUAUAGGGAUUUUAUUAAUGAAAAAUCUAGUGGGAAUUGAUGAAAAUUGUACUAUUGAAAGCUCAGGAAUAAAGCUAAAAGAAGCUAUGUUUGUGAAGCAAGAAACCACGAUUUUAGAUAUGCUAAAUAUGCUGCAGCAGCAAAAUAAACAUAUGGCUUUUGUGACGGAAAGCGAUAAUAAAAGAAUUAUUGGGAUAAUUACUAUGGAAGAUGUCCUAGAAGCUAUAUUAAAUGCAGAAAUUUUAGAUGAGGAAGAUUAUGAUAGAAUUUCUAAAAUAAUGAAAAGCACUCCACCAAGGUCAAGAUCUGGGAGUAAAGAUGGGCUGCAAUAUACAAAGAAGAAUUUAUUCAAACCAUUCAGCAUUUCGCAGGGAGAUGAUUAUCGUCUUAUGGAGCCAUAA